AUGGCACACAACGACUGCUUGCAAGAUGUCCCGGACAUCUUCGAAAACGAGAUUGGCGAGUCGUUGAAUUCCCGCUCCGAGGGACUCGGCAUGAUUCGCGAGCUCGGUCCGCCCGACCUCUGCCACAUCGUGAAGAUCCACAGCUCCAACCGCAACGAGCCUGAUAUCGGGUCCUACCACCAUGUCCUGGGUGUCGAUACUUCAUCCUCAGCCACACUAGCAGCGUAUAUCAACUCGCUGCAGUACUCAUUGAACGACACCCCAGGCUGGUUUGGCUCGAAUAACAGCUGGAAGAUCACCUCUGGCACGUACUGCAGCUAUAAUGCGUUCUCGAAUGUUGACCUGCGUGUGCAAGUGAAAAUCCCUGGCGGUGUCGAUGCCUACGUCGUAACUGCGCAGGGCGAGCGCAAGGAGGCCACCGAGCAAAUGUGGAAAGAAUGCUACAUCAGCGCCAUGCUGCGUGCGAUCCUCUAUGCUGACCCGAUGGCCUACAAUGUAACAGGUCUCAGGCGAGUGACGCCCGUCUCCAACUCUCGCGAGGAGACGCGGUUCAUGGAGGCUAUCGUCGAACAAUUCUGGAAUGGCUGGGCGCUAGGGUCCAACGCUGAGACCCAGGUUGCGUCGAAUGCCCGCAACUUUUUGGUGGAUGGUCUCAUGCGCUACUUUGCCGAUGCCGGCCGGUUCGAUGACUGCGCCGCCGAAAUCCUGGCACCACUGGCCUACUCCCCCCUCGGCGGACAGCGCGGCUCGAUCGACUCGCCAGCGGCAGAGUUCAAGGGCGUUGACCCUGAAGUCGCGUCGCUGCUGGCAGACGCUUACGUCGAGUGCGACGAGGAGGUCCAGGCAGUGCGGGUCAUGCACCAGGCGUUGAAGGUGCGACCCUCGUGCUAUCCACUGCUCUAUACCCAGUCAGAGUUUCUGCGUCGUAAGAAGAACACUGGCGCUGCACUGACAAUCGCGCGUAUGGCUGUGAAGUAUGCACCGAGCGAGUUCCAGGCGUGGGCCAAGCUCACUGAUAUCUACAUUGACUGCGAGGACUUCCAGCGUGCCCUCCUCACUCUUAACACCUGCCCCAUGUACACCUUUGUUGACCGCGACUACCCACGCGUGCCCACUCCCCGCCGCAUUAACUUCCCAGUCAAGUCCGAUAUCCUCGCAGAGUACAACCUGGGUGAACACAUUUCGAACGAUACCCACGCCCAUGGCCCCGUUCCCACCAACAGCCGCUCUAGCAUGGAGACACCUACGCUCAAGGGCACUUUCGCACGUGCGUACGAUUACCUGACUCGUAUGGUCAGCAUUGUUGGAUGGGAUGAGCUGCUUCAGCUCCGGAGCCAAGCCUUUGUCAUGGAAGAUGAAUACCGCAACUCUGCCCACCCAAACCAGGCGGUCGAUGACGAGGACGAUGAUGAAGAUGACCUCCCUCUUGCUGCCCUGCGCCAGAAGUCUAAGGAAUCUGCCGAUGCUCCCCCUGUCGCUGCGCCCCCUGUGGAUACUCCAUCAGCACACAAGCCUGAAUCCCCUGCUGAGACUGAACCCGUGACGGAGCCUGCUGAUACGGUUAAGAAUGAGCCUACUGAGGGCGACAGGGCCGAGCCUGUUGAGGACACCAAGACUGAACCUGUUGGGGACGAUAAGGCUGAGCCUGCUGAGAACGGCAAGGCUGAUGCGGACGACAACUUGGGUAUUUCUCCACAGUCAGAAAUGGAACCUGAGGUCACGGUCGAACCAGGAGAGGAGCCUGCUAUCAAGAAUGACAAGCCCAAGAAUGAGCAUGAGGCGGUCAAUGACGAAACGGAGGGUGGAAAUGCAGGCGUGGAAACUACUACCGAGCCUGGAGGCAGCUCCAAGAGCAAGAAGAACAAGAAGAGAAAGAACAAGAAGAAGUCGAAGGAGAACCUCAAGGAGGCUGCUCAGCUGGAGCCUGCAUCCACCGAGGAGCUGACAGAACCCCCUGUAGCUGAAACCGACGCCAAUGCUGACGCUAGCGCCACCGCUGAUGGUGAGAACGACACGCCAAGCAAGGAUAAGACUGCUGCGAUUGAGGACGGGCUCGAGGAGAUCAAGCUUUCAGACGCCGAGGAAGAGCAACCCAAGAGCGAGGACACUAAGCUCACGGAGCCUGAGAGCCCUCCUGAGGAAGUUGCUGAUGUUGUGUCAGCUCCUCAAGCGGCCGUGCUCCCUGCCGAUGACCAGAGCGGUGCAAAUGAGGGCACGGAUAAGCAACCAAAGGAGGACGCCGGUGUCCGUCAGGAUGGCGACGAGAGUGACGAAGAUUCUGGCCAUGGCCUCAUUCGCAAGCGGCUGUGCGAGCGCUGGCUUGACAACCUGAUCAUGAUCCUGUUCGAUGAUCUGCGCGCCUACACCGCCUGGAGAUCUGAAAUGCACAACCUGCGUGCAACUGGCCAGCAGAUCACAUUCCGUCACACGCAGGCUGAAUGGGAGGCCCUCGGAGAUCUUGCGCUGCGCCUUCGCCACCCGUCAGAGGCCAAGGAGGCCUUCGAGUAUGCGCUCAACAUCCGAUUCUCAGCAAAGGCGUGGCAGCACCUGCUGGAGCUGUACUCAGGGGCAUUCAGCGAUAUGCAGGACGAGGAGCGGCUUCGCAACGAGGACCUGGAGGACCCCAUCCCGAUUUCUAGCAGUGACUCACUAAUGGCUGCAUUAGAUGCGGUAGUGUGGUUAACUGUUUACCACGACAGAUGGUACAACAGUAUGGCCUACCCGAACCCGGUUUGUGAGCAGGUCAUCAGACUUGUAAGGACGCAUGGCCUUAGCAAGGUCCAGAACGCUGUUGUCAGCUUGAACCUGAAGCCUGCUGUCCACAAACUGGUUGCCAGGUAUUUCGCCAUUGCUGAGAAGUUUGAGGUUGAAGGUUCCUCAUGGUAAUCUAAAACAGUUCGUUUCCAUUUAAAAUAUUUAACAUUUCAUUGCCCAGGACUACCUAUGCACAUACGGGUUUCGCAUCGACUGUGAAGUUGCAGACAAGACGUCAUUCUUGAACAAGGUGACGCGGACAUCGUUUCUGUACUCGUGGACGACGGUUUUGGAUGUGGU